AUGGCUACUGAUCAAGAGGGAGAUAUUGUCGAAUAUUCAAUGCGUGUUAUGGAUGUAGAAGGUGAAUCGUCAGCUAUGAACACAUCUGUUGUCGAAUAUCAAAACGCGCCAAACGUUAAAUAUGAAGAUAUACCGAUUACAUCAAUCGAAGAGGCCGUUGAGGCACUUGCUCCUCUUAUACCGGACAUACAAAGACGCACAGAGGAAAUAAAAAGCAGAUAUCUUAAUCCACCGUCUGAUGGGUUGACAUUGGACCAAUCUGUUUCGAUCAGACUUUAUUCUACGCAAUGGAUGCCGCGUAAUAAAAGCCUAUAUAUUGUUUUGAAUGCUACAUUACGAUCAAAGGAUAAAGAAAAACUGAAGCCCUGGUUUCGGUACAUAAAACUCUUUCUUACAGCACUCGAACAACUGCCAAAAUAUUCCCGCACUGUUUAUCGUGGAGUCAAGGCAGAUCUACACGCAGAUUAUCCUAAAGGAAAAGAUAUCGAAUGGUGGGCAUUUUCUUCAUGUACCGACAGAAUUGGUGUUUUGGAACAUGAAUCCUUUCUGGGUAAAACAGGAGAAAGAACGUUAUUUAAUAUCGAAUGUGUUUCAGCAAAAAAUAUCGAGAAGCAUUCUGCUUUUGAAAAAGAAAACGAAGUACUAUUACCUCCAGGUAUUCAAUUUGAGGUGAUUGAUUGUCUCCAUCUGAAUAAUGGACUUUAUAUAAUUCAAUUACGCGAAAAACAAACAGCUCAGCCUCGCCUAGACUCUUUCCUGAUGUCAAAUUCCACAACCAUUUCGGAAGGUAAGAUGUCUGUGAUUGUUUUAAUAAAAACAGGACAUGAGCAAAGUCAGUGGUGA